GUGGGAAGUUAAGGAAUCUUUUUCUGCCUCACUAUCUUUUUUCACUGUGGGGUUAAAAAAUCCCUCCUUUUCAUGCCAAAACACACUCCAAAACAUUUGUUUUUUCUUCUUCUUUUUAGAUUUUUUACCUCAUCUUUUACCCUUUUAUACACUCAAGCUCUCCCCACCUUUCACACUUCCUUCUCUCUUCUCUCAUUUCAUCUUCACCCAAAGCUCAUGGACUUCGAUUCCUCUGAAAAAAGAGAAAGUGUGGAGGAGGAGGAGACAGUGAUGAUGGAGUACGAUGAAGAAACCAAUCAGUUCGACGUGGAGUUUUGUCCCGUUGAGCAUCCGGUUGAACCGGAAGAAGAAGAUCGUCCGGUUAAAUGUCCCGUAUCAAUCCCAUCUUCUCUCAUCCACUCGAGGGAGAAAACUAAACCGGGAUGGGUAAAACACAGAGCCAGUAGCUACGAAACUCCGGUUUGUCCACCAACACGUCAUCAUGUCCGUAACGUACGUAAGAGACACAACUCAUUUGAUGUGGAAGCAGGGAACAACAACUUCUUCACGAGAUCUCAUCAUCAUCAUGAUGACGAAACCACAACAUCUCGAAGAUCUAACGUCACCAUCUACCGAGUUCUUCAACAAGUUCGCGAGUUCGAGCCGUGAAAAUAUAUCAAAAUCUCUGAUUAUGCAUUGAUGAGGUUUUAGUCGAUCGGUUAUUUCUUUUGAGUUGUUAUUUUGUCAGCCGGCGAUUUGAGUUUAAAGUUUAUGUUUGGUGGGUUAAGAAGUAGACUAGACUAGUAGUAGUAGUUCGAUGUAGUACCAACGUUUCGGUAUACUUGUUAUUUCGGUGAUAACCGGUCUGGUCAGAUUCGGUUAAUAUCUUAGAAAAUGUUAUAAUUUCUAGUUUCUCAUGAGUGUGCAUUGCCACUUUCAGUAUGUUAUGAAAUCUAUAUAUGGGCUUAA